GCGGCGCUCGCACCGCGGCUGAGAGAGCAGCGACGCGCGGGGCACGCGGAGAUGGCAGCGUCCAGCAACUCCAGCCUGUCCGGCUCCUCGGUGUCCUCCGUCUCUUCUGAGUCCAGAAGCCACAGGGAGCUUCCAAAAUAUGCUGAAGAAUACCAGCCUCCGAUAUGGAAAUCAUACUUGUAUCAGUUACAGCAAGAGGCACCUCGUCCCAAGAGGAUCAUUUGUCCUCGGGAGGUGGAAAACAGACCAAAAUAUUAUGGAAGAGAGUUUCACGGGAUCAUCUCCCGGGAGCAGGCGGAUGAGCUUCUCGGAGGUGUGGAGGGCGCCUACAUCCUUCGAGAGAGCCAGCGACAGCCAGGGUGCUACACGUUAGCUCUCAGAUUUGGAAACCAGACCUUAAACUACAGGCUCUUCCAUGACGGGAAACAUUUUGUGGGCGAGAAGAGGUUUGAAUCCAUUCAUGAUCUGGUGACAGAUGGCCUGAUCACGCUGUACAUAGAAACAAAAGCUGCCGAGUACAUUUCCAAAAUGACAACUAACCCCAUCUAUGAACACAUUGGAUAUGCCACGCUACUCAGAGAAAAAGUAUCCAGAAGGCUGAGCAGGUCUAAAAAUGAAUCAAGAAAGCCAAGCGUCAGCAAUGAAGAACACACGACCGUGGAAAAGAUCUCCUCCUUGGUUCGAAGGGCUGCACUCACCCACAAUGACAACCACUUCAACUAUGAGAAGACACACAACUUCAAGGUCCAUACGUUCCGAGGCCCGCACUGGUGUGAAUACUGUGCCAACUUCAUGUGGGGGCUUAUCGCCCAAGGGGUCCGGUGCUCAGACUGCGGGUUGAACGUCCACAAACAGUGUUCCAAGCACGUCCCCAAUGACUGCCAACCCGAUCUCAAGAGGAUCAAGAAAGUGUACUGUUGUGACCUCACGACGCUUGUGAAGGCUCACAACACUCAGAGACCCAUGGUGGUGGACAUAUGCAUUCGGGAAAUUGAAGCAAGAGGAUUAAAGUCAGAAGGCCUGUACAGAGUCUCUGGGUUCACUGAACACAUCGAAGAUGUCAAAAUGGCAUUCGACAGAGAUGGUGAAAAGGCGGACAUAUCUGCCAACGUCUACCCAGACAUCAACAUCAUCACUGGAGCCCUUAAACUGUACUUCAGAGACUUACCCAUCCCUGUCAUCACCUAUGAUACCUAUUCCAAAUUCAUAGAAGCAGCAAAGAUCUCUAACGCAGAUGAGAGGCUGGAAGCAGUCCACGACGUGCUGAUGCUGCUGCCUCCUGCCCACUACGAGACCCUGCGGUACCUAAUGAUCCAUCUCAAAAAGGUGACCAUGAAUGAAAAGGACAAUUUCAUGAAUGCGGAAAAUCUGGGGAUCGUGUUUGGACCCACUCUGAUGAGGCCCCCCGAGGACAGCACCCUGACCACCCUCCACGACAUGCGGUACCAAAAGCUGAUUGUGCAGAUUUUAAUAGAAAACGAAGAUGUGUUGUUUUAAUCCAUCAGGGAAAUGUGCCAACGGCCCCAGCCCCAUCUAAGCUGAUAAAGGAAUAAAAACAGUUAUUACACUUGAUUUGUUUCUCAAACAAGUGGCAGCAUUUCCUUGACUGCAGUGGAUUGCCGAGCCGGUUACUGUGUCUCAUAGACACGCGCCUCCAUGUGAGAACAAGGGUGAGGGCCGGGAAAGCCUCUCAUCUCGGGUCUUCUGCUGUGCCUCGUAUGUGUGUCUGUUUUGCCGGAAGAGUGAUUAAUAAAUCUUUCUUUAACUUAUUAAGCAACAACGUAGACCUUUCCACUUCAAUCCGAUCAGUAAUAAAAGGGAACUUAAUUUGCAAAGGUACUUGAUACAGUUCUACAUUUUCCACUUCUACAGAAAGAAGACAAUUCUAUAUGUUAAAUGUUAAAUGAGACCUAUAUUGUAAAAUGUAUUUUUAUUUUAGCUGCAAGAAUGUUAUUUUAUUUUAGCAAAUAGAAUUCAAUGCAGUGCAUUGAUUAUUCCCCUGUGUACCUGGUCCCCUGUUCUUGCUGUGCUGCCCUGGAAAAGUCGACCACGAAUGCAGUAUUAUCUCGACAUACCUCUGUCCUUAGUGUGUUCCCAUGAAAUCUCACCUGCCACGUGUGACCCUGCUUUUGCUAGUUUUUACCCUUAAGCACUGGCAUUCUGCUAG